AUGAUGUCUGCGAUAUCCGUAUCAACAUUUUGGGCAAUCCUCUCUUUGGUUAUCUACCAAGUCGAGUCAUUUCCGUCUGCCGUGGGUGCCUGUCCUGGAGGCCAACCAGCUGUAGAGAAUUCGUUCCAUACCGUGGAGGGCAAAGAAAUCACAACCGGUCUUCUAUCCGAUGCCAACCUGGUAGUCUCUUUGAAUGGUGCUCCUCUGAUGGAAAGCAUUGGUGAUGAUACUACUACUGAGGAAACGGGUUUCUUCCCAGUUGGAGAAGAAAAUAUUCUGGAAAUUUCCUCAGAUGAUGAUUCGGUUGUUUUUAGGGGAUUUUUGAUGCGUGUCGGUCACCCUCCCACCAAUGUGGUUGACUUACGACAGUCUAUUGCGCCCGUCUCUAGCAACGAUACCCUGACACAAGUGUCCGAAGUCCAAUGUGUCGACACGGAGCAAGUUGGAGGACUCAUGCAUACCAGUAACGAUGACAAGGCGUCCGUGGCAGGAUCUCUCUUCGUCAACGGUCCCGUGGAAGGAAUAUUAUUGGAUGUCACGGUCGUCUUGGUCAAUGACGCGACAACCAGCGUUUAUUACUACUCCAGGUUUCUGCUCAAUGCCGUAGGUGUAAAGGAGGAUACCCCAGAGGAUGCGACCUCGGAAUCCAUAACACUGCCGGAAGACUCGGAGAAAACGUCAAUGCCUUCGGUGGCUGCCGACGAAACUCCUGCCGCAAGUACCAACGCCACAAACAGCAGUGGCAUUGGAGUCGGCGAAGAAGGGGAAGACUUGCCUUCCACCACAGAUGAAUCAACGCCAUCAGCAGAAGAACCCACCAGUGCCGCUGUUUCCUCCUUGGUCCACUUCUUUCGUUGGCGUAAUAUUCGGUCCAGUUGGAGUGGUGUUUUGGUAUUGGUUUGGACCGUGUCAUCAUUCCACUUCUAG